AACUCCUUGGCUUUCCCGGUUGCCCGUGCUGAGCGCAAGCUGUCCCAUUCUUGGCGAGUGGAACGUUCCCCGCCAUGGACUACGCAGCUAUGGUUGACACACUGCUGGUGGAGAUGCGGCGCCAAUUGUUGGAGGCCCACGAGAUUUGUCAUGCUCGGAACGAUGACAGCAAGAGCGUUUCAGCCAGUAGCAGCCUGAGACGAACCAUGUCCAGAAAGGCAUCGAGUUUGCCUUCUGAAGUUGCAGCACCGUGGAACGAGUCAGGAGGACUUGCAUUGAAGUCUCCCAGGGAAGGUGAACGUGAAGCUGGUGACCCGUACCACACUCCAUCGAUCGAGUCAGUGAACUCAGGGGAAGUGCAUGGGGACGUCAACGCCUUGCUGCGCAGCGGCCUCGCGGACAUGAGCGAAGCCGAGACCGCCAAAGUGAAGCGGCGCUUGCGACUGCGUUUAGGAGCCUUGUCUACCUCGAAGUUGGUGUCCGGCAAGGGCCUUCAUGAAGCGGUGACCGUGUUGGGUUUGACGCGCUACAGCGUGGAGGACAUGAACAGCUUCGUGAAUCUCUUGGCGGACUUCAUCCACCUGGAGUUCGAUGAUGAGGUGAGUGAACAGGACAACGACUUCUAUCAAUCGGGCGAGAUGCCAGAUCCACGACGACAAGAAACCGUGGAGGACGUGGAAGUAGAGGUGGACGAGUUUGAGCAAUUUGGGCAUCCAGUCUGGGAAUGGCCUGACCCAAACAAAGGAAGUGACGCCACUCCAAAAACGUUCCAUUCGUCAAAGACCGUGAGGAACUUCACCAUCGUGGAACCUUUGGCCUCACGUCACUACAACGUGGUGCCGGCCAAAGCUCUCAUCGAUGUUCUUCUGGCCAAGGAGAUUUUGCUGGCAUCUGACACGAAUCGCUUGGUGGCGGAGCUGACUUUUGUGCGGAUCAACGAUUUGGCUGCCCCAGUGGAGAAGAUGAGCUUCCUCAUGUACUUGGAGCCGUUUGUUGCCAUUCUGAUUGUUACUUCCGCAGCAUACGUGGAUGGGGAGAGCUUGGGAAGUCACGCUGGGGAUGGAUGAAAGGCAUGUGGACCUUCAAGUCCAUUUGGGCCUCAUGACUAAUUCAGGAUAUCACACAAUAGUAUAGUUCAUCAUGCAUGUUGUAUCAUGUUGCAAUUAUACUGAUUGAGCAUGUUGCGGUAUUAUCCCAUUAGUGGUGACCCCUCCCCCACAGAUUUGUCAGCACUCCGCCAUGGUGUGGAUUCCAUGCGAUCAUGGGGAAAACCGUGUAGAGAGGAUUCUUUUGCAGAAUUAGUCACGUGGUGCAUGCUGCAUAAUGCGUUUGGACUGAUA